UUUCGUAAACCCUUCACACAACACAAAAAAAAAAAAGAAAACAGAAAUAUUACAAAAAGAAAACCUCUUGCCUUCUUCCCCAAGAUUCUUUCCAAACUUCCUGCAACUCUUGAAUUUUGAUCGAAGUUAUUAAAGAUGAUGAUACGUGGAGCGACAAGGAUGACCCGAACUGUGAUGGGUCACAUGGGUCCACGUUACUUCUCCACUGCAAUUCUUCGAAAUGACGCCGGAACCGGGGUUAUGACUGGCGCCGCCGGUUUCAUGCAUGGGGUUCCGGUGAAUCCAUCGGAGAAAGCGUUGCUGACGUGGGUUAGGCAUAUUCCAGUGAUGGGUUCACGCAGCGCUAGUACUAUGGCUUUGAAUGAUAAGCAGCACGAUAAGAAAGUGGAAAAUGGCGGCACCGCCGCAUCUGGCGGCGGUGAUGGCGGUGAUGAGAAAUCAGUAGUGAGUUAUUGGGGUGUUCCGCCUUCAAAGGUUACUAAAGAGGACGGUACUGAAUGGAAAUGGAAUUGCUUUAGGCCAUGGGAGACGUACAAGGCUGAUUUGACAAUAGAUCUGACGAAACACCACGCGCCAACCACUUUCUUGGACAAAUUUGCUUAUUGGACUGUUAAGGCUCUCCGAUACCCCACUGAUAUAUUUUUUCAGAGGAGAUAUGGUUGUAGAGCAAUGAUGUUGGAAACAGUGGCUGCAGUGCCUGGAAUGGUGGGAGGAAUGUUGUUGCACUGCAAAUCACUGAGGCGAUUCGAACAGAGUGGAGGAUGGAUCAAAGCACUGUUAGAAGAAGCUGAAAAUGAGAGGAUGCAUCUAAUGACUUUCAUGGAAGUUGCCAAGCCUAAUUGGUACGAGCGUGCACUUGUCUUUGCAGUGCAAGGCGUCUUCUUCAACGCCUACUUUGUCACUUACCUUGUUUCUCCAAAGUUGGCUCAUCGUAUCGUUGGAUACUUGGAAGAAGAGGCUAUUCAUUCCUACACUGAGUUCCUCAAGGAAUUGGACAAGGGUAACAUUGAGAACGUCCCUGCUCCUGCUAUUGCCAUUGAUUACUGGCGUCUCCCUAAAGACUCCACUCUCCGUGAUGUUGUCUUGGUUGUUAGGGCUGACGAGGCUCAUCACCGCGAUGUCAACCACUUUGCAUCUGACAUUCAUUAUCAGGGACAACAGCUCAAGGACUCUCCAGCACCAAUUGGGUAUCACUAAUACACAGAGAUCCAUCAAGUUAAAUGUAUCUUCUUUUUUGUACUGGUAUAGAGCUAAUGUAGUACCUACUACGUACUAUUUUGAAUGUUGAUGUACAUAUAUUUUUUUUUUCUGUUGAUUUGGUUGGUUUUUUACUACUGCCUUCAUGAAUCUCUGAGAUAGCAGUAGAGCACAAUGAUUGGAGCAUAUACCUUCUUGAUAAAAUUUACCAUCUUGGUUUUUCCAAGACCAUUUGCUUUUC